AUGGCAUUCGAUAAGAAGAUCGUUCUUGUGACUGGAGGCAACACUGGCCUCGGUCUUGAGGUGGUCAAGGCCCUUUACGCAUCCCCCUGGCCUCAUCAAAUCAUCAUCGGCUGCCGCACCGUCGUCAAGGGUGAGAAUGCUACCGCGAGCCUCAUUGGCCAGAUCUCUGAGAGCAACUCUCAUCUGAGCACUGUCCAACUUGAUAUAUCCGAAGACUCAUCCAUCGAGACCGCGGUCCAGGACAUCAAGUCCCGAUUUGGUCGGCUGGACGUGUUGGUCAACAACGCCGGCGUCCUCCACGAUGCCGACAUUGCUGCCGGAAAGAUGAGCAUCCGCGAGGGCUUCAACGCCAGCUGGGAUGUGAACGUCACGGGGACGCAUGUUCUGACUACUCAAGCUAUGCCUUUGCUCCUCAAGUCGCCCGACCCGCGUCUCAUAUUUAUCACCAGCGGGACCAGCUCCUUGACCGAGAGCGGGCUGGUCAAUGUUCCGGUCCCCAAGCUCCGGGCGCUCAAUGCCAGUCCGUCGAAGGGCUGGCCCAAGAACACCCCGGAGGCAAUCCCGCUGUAUCGAUCGGUGAAGACGGGGCUGAACAUGCUCAUGCGUGAGUGGCAUCGGACUCUUCUGAAUGAUGGGGUCAAGGUCUGGGGUAUCAACCCAGGCUAUGUAGCCACAGGUAUUGGUGGUGUUGGCGCAGAAGAGAUGAAGAAGAUGGGCGCAAGAGACCCGGCCGAAGCUGGAAGAUUCAUCAAGGAUGUGGUCGAGGGUAGCAGAGACGAAGAUGUUGGGAAAGUCGUCAGGGCCAAUGGGGUCCAACCGUGGUAG